CUCUCGUCGGGAGCCGCCGUUGAAGCAGAUAUCGAUGCCUCUAAGUUUGAAGCCGCUCACGGAGCGCACACGGGGAAGCCAGGGAAAAAGGCAGACAUGGGAACCAAGUCUGACAGGGAGAAGCGGUACACACUGGCUGAGCUUAUCGAUAUGGGCUUUGAACACAUUCAAUGGGAUGGAGUUACCCCUACCCCCAUUGUGGACUGCCAUGGACGAAUUAUUGCCGUCCUAGCAGGACGGCCGGAUGGAGAUUACUCCCAAGAACUUCAAGAAGCAUUCAGUUUGAUGCUCAAAGAGGGAGAACAGGCUGGGCUUUCAAGUAAGGCAACUGACGGGCCUCAUAAGCGCGGCGCUUUUCCCGCCUAUAAUCGCGGGGUAUCAAUGGGCAUGGGGAAUGCACACCCUGUUGUUCUGAACCCCAGGUCCAUGACACAGGUCUUGAAUCACCUCGUGGGUUGCUCUGCUUUCCAACGGAUGGCCAGGUAUCAGAAUGCUGCAUUCGGACUUUGGGCUCCGCGUGUAUACGCAGAAUAUGAGAAGGUGCACCACACCAUACACUCAAAUUUGGAGCUCCCCGAGAACUUUCCUGGAGUGGUCUUCACUGCGGCUGCUUUCAACUUCGGCGGUAACGAGCUUGCCUCGUUUUUGUGUGAAAGAGAAAGGAAGGAAUCUAAUGGGCACUCCAACCAACCAAUCUAA